AUGUCGAUUGCGAUUGUUCAAGCGGGUACCAUCAUCUAUGACACUCCAGCGACAUUAGACAAACUCGAACGUCUCACUAAGGAAGCCGCAGACAAGGGAGCAAAACUUGUGCUCUUCCCAGAAGCAUUUGUCGGCGGAUAUCCGAAAGGUAUGGACUUUGGAAUCGUUGUCGGUCAUCAUUCGCCAGAAGGCUCUGAAGAGUUUAGGAAAUAUUACAACUCGGCCAUCGAAGAACAUGGUUCAGAGUCGGACCGCAUAGCCAAAAUGGCUUCCAGCUACAAGAUCAUCAUGGUAGUCGGAGUAAUAGAGCGAGAUGGUGGCACUCUCUACUGCUCGAUCUUCUACUACGGGCCUGAUGGAUACAUGGGAAAACACCGAAAGCUGAUGCCAACAGAGUUAGAGCGAUGUAUUUGGGGAUUCGGAGAUGGUUCAACGAUGCCGGUAUUUGACACUCCGCUGGGAAAGAUUGGUGGAGCGAUUUGCUGGGAGAAUUACAUGCCGUUGUACCGUGUGACUCUAUACAGCAAA